GGGCGUAGCGACCGCAUCACAGACUGUCAGAACUGGCAGGACCUGGACUCAGAGAACACCGGGAAUAAAAUAGAGAACAUCGAGACGUCAGUCGAGGUGGUGGACGGAAGGCAGAAGGUUGGUUCUCACUCCCUGCACAAAAGUUUACAGCAUUUAACAAUACUACAAAUGUUAUCUGAAUGUUUAAUCAUGACAACAUUAUCAUAUUAUUAUAUCGUUCUGAUCAAGUAUCUCAGAGAGAGAGACAGAGGGUUAGAUAUUUCUCACUAUACCAACAUUUCAACAUUUCCCUGAGAACAAAUGUUAUCCAAAUGUUAUCCAAAUGUUAUCCAAAUGUUGAAUCAUGACCAUGUUAUUACAUCAUUUUGAUAAAGUUUACAAUUAGGAUUUAGUAGGUAGGAGAUUUAUUUUGUUGCUUGCAGUUCUAAAUUGAAUUGUACACCAAUUUACAAUCAAAGAUUGAUGAUUUAGUAAAGAUUUAGUAUCUUAGAGAAAGAACAGGAAGAUAGUAUCUUAGCCUAGAUGGCAAAACAACACUUUAUAUAAGUGUCCCUAACCCUGAACUGGAAUAUUUUUACCCAAGUGUCCCAAACAGUGAACUGGGUGACAGUAUUUUUACCUAAGUGCAGUGGUGUGAAGUACUUAAGUAAAAAUACUUUAAAGUACUACUUAAGUAGUUUUUUGGGGUGUCUGUACUUUACUUUACUGUUUCUAUAUUUGACAACUUUUACUUCACUACAUUCCUAAAGAAAAUAUUAUACUUUUUACUCCAGACAUUUUCCCUGACAACCAAAAGUACUCGUUACGUUUUGAAUGCUUAGCAGGACAGGAAAAUGGUCCACCCACUUAUCAAGAGAACAUCCCUGGUCAUCCCUACUGCCUCUGAUCUGGCGGACUCACUAAACACACAUGCAUCUUUUGUAAAUAAUGUCUGAGUGUUGGAGUGCGCCCCUGGUUAUCCAUACAUUUUAAAAACAAGAAAAUGGUGCGGUCUGCUUUGCCCCUUUACCACAACCUACAUGUACAUAUUACCUCAAUUACCUCCACUAACCUGUUCCCCAGCACAUUGACUCGGUACCGGUACCCGCUUUAUAUACUGUAGCCUCGUUAUUGUUAUUUUAUUGUGUUACUUUUUUUUAAACUUUAGUUUAUUUACUAAAUAAUUUCUUAAAUCUAUUCUUCUUAAAACUGCAUUGUUGAUUAAGGGCUUGUCAGUAAGCGUUUCACUGUAAGGUCUGCACCUGUUGUAUUCACCACAUGUGACAAAUACAUUUGAUUAAUAUAAGGAAUUUUAAAUGAUUUAUACUUUUGAUACUUAAGUAUAUUUUAGUAAUUACAUUUACUUUUGAUACUUAAGUAUAUUUAAAACCAAAUACUUUUAGACUUUUACUCAAGUAGUAUUUUACUGGGAGACUUUCACUUUUACUUGAGUUGAGUAACUUUCUAUGAAGGUAUCUAUACUUUUACUCAAGUCUGACAAUUGGGUACUUUUUCCACCACUGCCUGAGUGUCCCAAACAGUGAACUGUGUAACAGUAUUUGUCAAUCAGAGAGAAGAGAGGGCAAGUGUUCCAUUUCCACAUCAGAAAUAUUUUGAACCCUCUUCCUGAGCACACUUCCUGAGGGGAAUGGCAAUAAACACCCCCACCCCCCCCCCCCCCACACACACACACAGACACACACACACACACACACACAUAUAGACGAACGGGCACUCACACACACAAACACACAAAUGCAAACGCACACACAGCACACUUCCUGUUGUGGGUCACACCUGUGAGGUCAGUUCCUGUUGUGAGGUAGUGGCGGUCGCGGCAGCGGAAAGAUUUGAGUCACGUCAACUUCCACAGAGACCGUGUUCUCAUCCACCAUCAAAACACAGCCACACCAGGACAACAGGAGCCAGAGUAGCAUGGAGUCAGCCAGGACAGCAGGAGCCAGAGUAGCAUGGAGUCAGCCAGGACAGCCAGGACAACAGGAGCCAGAGUAGCAUGGAAUCAGCCAGGACAGCCAGGACAACAGGAGCCAGAGGUAGCAUGGAAUCAGCCAGGACAGCCAGGACAACAGGAGCCAGAGUAGCAUGGAAUCAGCCAGGACAGCCAGGACAACAGGAGCCAGAGUAGCAUGGAGUCAGCCAGGACAGCCAGGACAACAGGAGCCAGAGUAGCAUGGAAUCAGCCAGGACAGCCAGGACAACAGGAGCCAGAGUAGCAUGGAGUCAGCCAGGACAGCCAGGACAACAGGAGCCAUAGUAGCAUGGAAUCAGCCAGGACAGCCAGGACCAACAGGAGCCAGAGUAGCAUGGAGUCAGCCAGGACAGCCAGGACAACAGGAGCCAGAGUAGCAUGGAAUCAGCCAGGACAGCCAGGACAACAGGAGCCAGAGUAGCAUGGAGUCAGCCAGGACAGCCAGGACAACAGGAGCCAGAGUAGCAUGGAAUCAGCCAGGACAGCCAGGACAACAGGAGCCAUAGUAGCAUGGAAUCAGCCAGGACAGCCAGGACAACAGGAGCCAGAGUAGCAUGGAAUCAGCCAGGACAGCCAGGACAACAGGAGCCAGAGUAGCAUGGAAUCAGCCAGGACAGCCAGGACAACAGGAGCCAGAGUAGCAUGGAAUCAGCCAGGACAGCCAGGACAACAGGAGCCAGAGUAGCAUGGAGUCAGCCAGGACAGCCAGGACAACAGGAGCCAGAGUAGCAUGGAGUCAGCCAGGACAGCCAGGACAACAGGAGCCAGAGUAGCAUGGAAUCAGCCAGGACAGCCAGGACAACAGGAGCCAGAGUAGCAUGGAGUCAGCCAGGACAGCCAGGACAACAGGAGCCAGAGUAGCAUGGAAUCAGCCAGGACAACAGGAGCCAGAGUAGCAUGGAAUCAGCCAUGACAGCCGGGACAACAGGAGCCAGAGUAGAUACUAGUGGAUAGAUUCAGUGUGGAUUCCAGGUUAUGGUUCAAAGUAUCAAGUUCUUACAAAAACCCAGUCAGUUGUCUAGUCUAGUAAAAAAGCACUUCAAAGCAUAAUACACAUUUAGAACCCUUCUUCUUUCCCUCUACAGCAGAUGUAUUUUGUAUGAAAGCCAUGUCUUCCUCUACAGAUAUUGAGCAGGCUGGUGAUCCAGAACGUUUAUAUGUUAAUAUGUUUAUAUUCUCCUCUCCUCUCCUCUCCUCUCCUCUCCUCUCCUCUCCUCUCCUCUAUAGAUAGUCAGCAGAUUGGUGAUCCAGAACGCCAGUGUAUCAGUCAUGUAUAAAUGUUCUGCUGACAACAAAGUGGGUAAAGACCAAAGGCUGAUAUACUUCUAUGUGACCAGUGAGUAUUACAACUUAUUUCCUUCUCUUGGUUUAGCAUACAAAGUACUGUACAGUAAUAUGCACUAUAUAUACAUAAAUAAAUAUAUCUGAUAUUUUGGUAAUAGUAAUAGUAAUAGUUUGUGUAGUAGUACAAAAAAAAACAAUCCCGUCCCUCUCUCCCCCCAGCUAUCCCAGAAGGGUUCAGUGUAGAGCUGGGUCCGUCUGAGGAACCUCUGGAGCAGGAGGAGGUGUCGCUAAGCUGCAUCGCUGACAACUACACCUACGAACAGCUCACCUGGUACAGACUGGACCCACAGGUAACAGCUCACCUGGUACAGACUGGACCCACAGUUAACAGCUCACCUGGUAUAGAUUGAACCCACAGGUAACAGCUCACCUGGUAUAGAUUGAACCCACAGGUAACAGAUCACCUGGUAUAGAUUGAACCCACAGGUAACAGCUCACCUGGUAUAGAUUGAACCCACAGGUAACAGCUCACCUGGUAUAGAUUGAACCCACAGGUAACAGCUCACCUGGGAUAGAUUGAACCCACAGGUAACAGCUCACCUGGUAUAGAUUGAACCCACAGGUAACAGCUCACCUGGUAUAGAUUGAACCCACAGGUAACAGUUCACCUGGGAUAGAUUGAACCCACAGGUAACAGCUCACCUGGUAUAGAUUGAACCCACAGGUAACAGCUCACCUGGUAUAGAUUGAACCCACAGGUAGAGAAAAUGGCACAUUGAAUAAAGAAUACAAGCGAAGCUUUGUUCUUGAUGCUACAGUAGUUUAAUUUGGUUGUGACUGUCAAAUUAAUAUCCCAAAUCUGUCUGUGCUGUCUUGAAAAUUCCAUUGUAAACUCGUUGAUGGAUUUUGGUAAGACAACACAAAACCUGUCUGGGACCCAGGCUAGUAGAAUAGUAGGACAGGACAGGAAGACUGACUUCCCUCCCUUGUCUCUCUCUCUCCAGGCGCUCCAGGAUGAGCGUGGUUAACCCCUCCCUUGUCUCUCUCUCUCCAGGCGCUGCAGGAUGAGCGUGGUAAACCCCUCCCUUGUCUCUCUCUCUCCAGGCGCUCCAGGAUGAGCAUGGUAAACCCCUCCCUUGUCUCUCUCUCCAGGCGCUCCAGGAUGAGCGUGGUAAACCCCUCCCUUGUCUCUCUCUCCAGGCGCUCCAGGAUGAGCGUGGUAAACCCCUCCCUUGUCUCUCUCUCUCCAGGCGCUCCAGGAUGAGCGUGGUAAACCCCUCCCUUGUCUCUCUCUCUCCAGGCGCUCCAGGAAGAGCGUGGUAAACCCCUCCCUUGUCUCUCUCUCUCCAGGCGCUCCAGGAUGAGCGUGGUAAACCCCUCCCUUGUCUCUCUCUCUCCAGGCGCUCCAGGAUGAGCGUGGUAAACCCCUCCCUUGUCUCUCUCUCUCCAGGCGCUCCAGGAUGAGCAUGGUAAACCCCUCCCUUGUCUCUCUCUCUCCAGGCGCUCCAGGAUGAGCGUGGUAAACCCCUCCCUUGUCUCUCUCUCUCCAGGCACUCCAGGAUGAGCAUGGUAAACCCCUCCCUUGUCUCUCUCUCUCCAGGCGCUCCAGGAUGAGCGUGGUUAACCCCUCCCUUGUCUCUCUCUCUCCAGGCGCUCCAGGAUGAGCGUGGUAAACCCCUCCCUUGUCUCUCUCUCUCCAGGCGCUCCAGGAUGAGCGUGGUAAACCCCUCCUUGUCUCUCUCUCUCCAGGCGCUGCAGGAUGAGCGUGGUAAACCCCUCCCUUGUCUCUCUCUCUCCAGGCGCUCCAGGAUGAGCGUGGUAAACCCCUCCCUUGUCUCUCUCUCUCCAGGCGCUCCAGGAUGAGCGUGGUAAACCCCUCCCUUGUCUCUCUCUCUCCAGGCGCUCCAGGAUGAGCGUGGUAAACCCCUCCCUUGUCUCUCUCUCUCCAGGCGCUCCAGGAUGAGCGUGGUAAACCCCUCCCUUGUCUCUCUCUCUCCAGGCGCUCCAGGAUGAGCGUGGUAAACCCCUGGAGCUGGACUGUCGUAGUGUCCAUCUGUACGCUGACCGCCUGGACGGACAACUGACCUAUCAGGAGCCGUCUAACAGCUGGGUCCUGGAGAUGACUAUACCUAGCAUCACGCUGCAGGAUGAAGGGAACUAUGUCUGUGAGGUUCAGAGUAGGAGGAGCCGAGAGAAACACUGUCUACGUAAAUACAUAUCUGUUAAAGGUGAGACGGAGACACACACAGGCACGUCUACAGAAAACAGGGUUCCAAAAGGGUCCUUCGGCUGUCCCCAUAGGAGAACCCGUUUUGGAUCCAGAUAGAACCCUUUUUGGUUUCAGGGAGAACAGUUUUGGGUUCCAAGUAGAACCCUCUGUGGAAAGGGUUCUACCUGGAACCAAACAGGGUUCUACCUGGAACCAAACAGGGUUCUACCUGGAACCAAACAGGGUUCUACCUGGAACCAAACAGGGUUCUACCUGGAACCAAACAGGGUUCUACCUGGAACCAAACAGGGUUCUUCAAAGGGUUCUCCUAUGGGGACAGCUAAGAACCCUUAUUGGUUCUAAAUAUAACCUUUAUUCUAAGAGUGUAACCAAUCAGCCACACACAGGGAGGCAGGCCUCACAUCCACCCACCCUGUCAUGCUGUAGAAUGGCCAGGUUUAGAAACACACACUAGUCCCUACGAAGGGAGGCCCAGUCCUUCAGUCAUUUACACACUAAUUGCUUCAUGCUUCAUUUAUGUCCAGUCCUGACUCCUUAACCUCGGUCACAUGGAAUUCUCCACCUCUCUCCCUUCAUCUCUCUCUCUCUCUCUCUCUCUCUCCUCUCUCUCUCUCUCUCUCUCUCUCUCUCUCUCUCCUCUCUCUCUCUCUCUCUCUCUCUCUCUCUCCCUCCCUCUCUCUCCCUUUAUCUCUCUCCCUCUCUCUCUCUCUCCUCUCUCUCUCUCCUCUCUAUCCCCCCCCCCCUCCCCAGCUCUAGAAGCCCCCCGGUACAGACACAACCCGACCAAUCAGACAGUGAACGUCAGUGAGUCUCUCCUGAUGGAGUGUGAUGUAGUGGGAACUCCUUCACCCCACCUCUCCUGGUUCAAAGACAACCAGCCCCUGCACCAAAUGUCAGGUAGGUACACACAGACACACACAACACACAACAACACACACAGACACACACAGACACAGACACACAGACACACAGACACACACACACACACAGACACAGACACACACACAGACCUGAGGGAAGUGACAUGGUGGUUCCUAAACAGACCUUCUGUACAGUACCGUCUGGGUAAAGGAGUACCUAAUGAAGCUGCCCUGUUAGUCACAUCUCAUCAAUCACACAUUGAUCAUGUCACCCUACAGCACAUUCCUGGGAGGACAUUAACACCUGAACCACACACACACACACACACACUGACAGUCCACACACACACACACACACACACACACACACACACAUUGAGUGACAGUCUGGCAAGGGUCCAGACAGCUGGGACAUGGGAGGGGAGGGAGGGAGGGAGGGAGGGAGGGGGGGGGACGGAGGGGGGAGGGAGGGAGGGAGGGGGGGCGGGGGAGGGGAGGGAGGGAGGGAGGGAGGGUAGGGAGGGAGGGAGGGAGGGAGGGAGGGAGGGGAGGGGGGGAGGGGAGGGGAGGGAGGGAGGGAGGGGAGGGAGGCGAGGGAGGGAGGGAGGGACGGGCAGGGAGGGAGGGAGGGAGGGAGGGGGGGGAGGGGGAGGGAGGGAGGGAGGGAGGGAGGGAGGGGGGGACGGAGGGAGGGAGGGAGGGAGGGGAGGGAGGAUUGGCUGGGCUGACAGUAGGAUCAAUCUGAGUAGCUGUCAGGUUAGCAGACAAGACUAGUUGGGUGUGUAUGUGUAUGUUUGUCAGAGUGGUGUACAGUGAGGGAAAAAAGUAUUUGAUCCCCUGCUGAUUUUGUACGUUUGCCCACUGACAAAGAAAUGAUCAGUCUAUAAUUUUAAUGGUAGGUUUAUUUGAACAGUGAGAGACAGAAUAACAACAAAAAAAUCCAGAAAAACGCAUGUCAAAAAUGUUAUAAAUUGAUUUGCAUUUUAAUGAGGGAAAUAAGAAUUUGACCCCCUCUCAAUCAGAAAGAUUUCUGGCUCCCAGGUGUCUUUUAUACAGGUUAACGAGCUGAGAUUAGGAGCACACUCUUAAAGGAAGUGUUCCUAAUCUCAGUUUGUUACCUAUAUAAAAGGCACCUGUCCACAGAAGCAAUCAAUCAAUCAGAUUCCAAACUCUCCACCAUGGCCAAGACCAAAGAGCUCUCCAAGGAUGUCAGGGACAAGAUUGUAGACCUACACAAGGCUGGAAUGGGCUACAAGACCAUCGCCAAGCAGCUUGGUGAGAAGGUGACAACAGUUGGUGUGAUUAUUCGCAAAUGGAAGAAACACAAAAGAACUGUCAAUCUUCCUCGGCCUGGUGGAGUUGCAAUGAUCAUGAGAAUGGUGAGGAAUCAGCCCAGAACUACAUGGGAGGAUCUUGUCAAUGAUCUCAAGGCAGCUGGGACCAUAGUCACCAAGAAAACAAGGUCCCCCUGCUCAAGAAAGCAUAUAUACAUGCCCGUCUGAAGUUUGCCAAUGAACAUCUGAAUGAUUCAGAGGAGAACUGGGUGAAAGUGUUGUGGUCAGAUGAGACCAAAAUGGAGCUCUUUGGCAUCAACUCAACUCGCCGUGUUUGGAGGAGGAGGAAUGCUGCCUAUGACCCCAAGAACACCAUCCCCACCGUCAAACAUGGAGGUGGAAACAUUAUGCUUUGGGGGUGUUUUUCUGCUAAGGGGACAGGACAACUUCACAGCAUCAAAGAGACGAUGGAUGGGGCCAUGUACCGUCAAAUCUUGGGUGAGAACCUCCUUCCCUCAGCCAGGGCAUUGAAAAUGGGUCGUGAAUGGGUAUUCCAGCAUGACAAUGACCCAAAACACACGGCCAAGGCAACAAAGGAGUGGCUCAAGAAGAAGCACAUUAAGGUCCUGGAGUGGCCUAGCUAGUCUCCAGACCUUAAUCCCAUAGAAAAUCUGUGGAGGGAGCUGAAGGUUCGAGUUGCCAAACGUCAGCCUCGAAACCUUAAUGACAUGGAGAAGAUCUGCAAAGAGGAGUGGGACAAAAUCCCUCCUGAGAUGUGUGCAAACCUGGUGGCCAACUAUAAGAAACGUAUGACCUCUGUGAUUGCCAACAAGGGUUUUGCCACCAAGUACUAAGUCAUGUUUUGCAAUUUCCCUCAUUAAAAUGCAAAUCAAUUUAUAACAUUUUUGACAUGUGUUUUUUUCUGGAUUGUCUUGUUGUUAUUCUGUCUCUCACUGUUCAAAUAAACCUACCAUUAAAAUUAUAGACUGAUCAUGUCUUUGUCAGUGGGCAAACGUACAAAAUCAGCGGGGGAUCAAAUACUUUUUUCCCUCACUGUAUGUACUGUAUCUAACCCUGUCUAUAUCACUGUAUAUGCGCAAGUGCAUGCCUAUGUGUGUGUUUGUGUCAGUGAUUGACAGCUGUGUGUCUGUGUGUGUGUGUGUAGGACUGCAGCUGCAGGACGCCAACAGGACGUUGAGUAUCCAGCGUGUCAGUGAUUGACAGCUGUGUGUCUGUGUGUGUUGUGUGUGUAGGACUGCAUCUGCAGGACGCCAACAGGCGUUGAGUAUCCAGCGUGUCAGUGAUUGACAGCUGUGGGUCUGUGUGUGUGUGUGUGUGUAGGACUGCGCUGCAGGACGCCAACAGGACGUUGAGUAUCCAGCGUGUCAGUGAUUGACAGCUGUGUGUCUGUGUGUGUGUGUGUGUGUAGGACUGCAGCUGCAGGACGCCAACAGGACGUUGAGUAUCCAGCGUGUCAGUGAUUGACAGCUGUGUGUCUGUGUGUGUGUGUGUGUGUAGGACUGCAGCUGCAGGACGCCAACAGGACGUUGAGUAUCCAGCGGCUUGUUGGUGUCUGUGAGUGUGCUUGUGUGGUGUGUGUGUAGGACUGCAGCUGCAGGACGCCAACAGGACGUUGAGUAUCCAGCGUGUCAGUGAUUGACAGCUGUGUGUCUGUGUGUGUGUGUGUGUAGGACUGCAGCUGCAGGACGCCAACAGGACGUUGAGUAUCCAGCGUGUCAGUGAUUGACAGCUGUGUGUUGUGUGGUGUGUGUGUGUAGGACUGCAGCUGCAGGACGCCAACAGGACGUUGAGUAUCCAGCGUGUCAGUGAUUGACAGCUGUGUGUCUGUGUGUGUGUGUGUGUAGGACUGCAGCUGCAGGACGCCAACAGGACGUUGAGUAUCCAGCGUGUCAGUGAUUGACAGCUGUGUGUCUGUGUGUGUGUGUGUGUGUAGGACUGCAGCUGCAGGACGCCAACAGGACGUUGAGUAUCCAGCGUGUCAGUGAUUGACAGCUGUGUGUGUGUGUGUGUGUGUGUGUAGGACUGCAGCUGCAGGACGCCAACAGGACGUUGAGUAUCCAGCGUGUCAGUGAUUGACAGCUGUGUGUCUGUGUGUGUGUGUGUGUGUAGGACUGCAGCUGCAGGACGCCAACAGGACGUUGAGUAUCCAGCGUGUCAGUGAUUGACAGCUGUGUGUUGGUGUGUGUGUGUGUAGGACUGCAGCUGCAGGACGCCAACAGGACGUUGAGUAUCCAGCGUGUCAGAUGAUUGACAGCUGGUGUCUGUGUGUUGUGUGUGGUAGGACUGCAGCUGCAGGACGCCAACAGGACGUGAGUAUCCAGCGUGUCAUGAUUGACAGCUGUGUGUCUGUGUGUGUGUGUGUGUGUAGGACUGCAGCUGCAGGGACGCCAACAGGACGUGAGUAUCCAGCGUGUCAGUGAUUGACAGCUGUGUGUCUGUGUGUGUGUGUGUGUGUAGGACUGCAGCUGCAGGACGCCAACAGGACGUUUGAGUAUCCAGCGUGUCAGUGAUUGACAGCUUGGUUGUGGUGUGGUGUGUGGUAGGACUGCAGCUGCAGGACGCCAACAGGACGUUGAGUAUCCCAGCGUGUCAGUGAUUGACAGCUGUGUGUUGUGUGUGUGUGUGUGUGUAGGAUCUCGCGGACUGCCAACAGGUCCGUUGAGUAUCCAGCAUGUCAGUAUUGACAGCUCUUUCUCGUUGCUUUUGUGUGUACUGCAGUGCAGGACGCAACAGACGUUGGUAUCCACUUCAGUGUGCAGCUGUGUCUGUUUCGGUUAUGUGUAUGGACUACUUGCUAGACUGUUCCACGGCACGUGAACAGCUUCAGUUACAUGGCUGUGUGUUGAUCGUUUGUUAGCUGCAGUGGCAGACCAACAGGACUUGGUCUAUUCCGCGUUGUUCAUUGGACAGCUGUUGGUCUUGUUUCUGGUUUGUCAUGCAAAACAGCGUGAAUCGAUUAGGAUUCGUGGUCUUGUGUUAGUAGUGUAUAUCUACAGUGCUCAGUUGAGAAAGAUUAGUAUUUAGUCGCUGGAUAAUGAUCCGGUAAUCAGUGCUACUGGAGUUCGAUUUUGUUCUGUUAUGAUCACAGUUAUUUGUUUCAGUUGUUCGGACUUCAUGUCUGGUUGUUUUAUGCGGGCUCCUCUUCUUCUCUGCUUCUGUUCAUCAAAACAUCUAAAUCAACGUUUAUUGGUCGUGUACAUAUUUUAGUAGAUGUUAUAGCGGGUCCAGCCAAAUGCUUCAUGUCAUUGAGAAGAGAUAUUAGAUAUUUGAUACGCAAUAAUAAAUGAUUCCGGUUAUUAUUCAGUGGGCUAGCUGGAGAUAAAUGAUUCAGGUUAUUAUUCAGUGGGCUAGCUGGUGAUAAAUGAUUCAGGUUAUUAUUCAGUGGGCUAGAUGGUGAUAACUGAUUCAGGUUAUUAUUCAGUGGGCUAGCUGGUGAUAAAUGAUUCAGGUUAUUAUUCAGUGGGCUAGCUGGAGAUAAAUGAUUCAGGUUAUUAUUCAGUGGGCUAGCUGGUGAUAAAUGAUUCAGUUAUUAUUCAUGGGCUAGCUGGUGAUAAAUGAUUCAGGUUAUUAUUCAGUGGGCUAGCUGGUGAUAAAUGAUUCAGGUUAUUGUUCAGUGGGCUAGCUGGUGAUAAAUGAUUCCGGUUAUUAUUCAGUGGGCUAGCUGGUGAUAAAUGAUUCCGGUUAUUAUUCAGUGGGCUAGCUGGUGAUAAAUGAUUCAGGUUAUUAUUCAGUGGGCUAGCUGGUGAUAAAUGAUUCAGGUUAUUAUUCAGUGGGCUAGCUGGUGAUAAAUGAUUCAGGUUAUUAUUCAGUGGGCUAGCUGGUGAUAAAUGAUUCAGGUUAUUAUUCAGUGGGCUAGCUGGUGAUAAAUGAUUCAGAUUAUUAUUCAGUGGGCUAGCUGGUGAUAAAUGAUUGAAUGAACUAAAGUGAUAUUUAACUGGUUGCUGCUGUCUGUGUCUUUAAACCCCAUUACAUUACUGACUGAUUAUAGCAACCUCUAUAGCAACCUAUGUUGUUGUUGUUGUUUAUCCCAGGUUCCAGUGACAGGGCUAAUGUUGUUGUUGUUGUUUAUCCCAGGUUCCAGUGACAGGGCUAAUGUUGUUGUUGUUUAUCCCAGGUUCCAGUGACAGGGCUAAUGUUGUUGUUUAUCCCAGGUUCCAGUGACAGGGCUAAUGUUGUUGUUGUUGUUUAUCCCAGGUUCCAGUGAUAGGGCUAAUGUUGUUGUUGUUGUUUAUCCCAGGUUCUAGUGACAUGGCUAAUGUUGUUGUUGUUAAUCCCAGGUUCCAGUGACAGGGCUAAUGUUGUUGUUGUUUAUCCCAGGUUCUAGUGACAGGGCUAAUGUUGUUGUUGUUUAUCCCAGGUUCCAGUGACAGGGCUAAUGUUGUUGUUGUUUAUCCCAGGUUCUAGUGACAGGGCUAAUGUUGUUGUUGUUGUUUAUCCCAGGUUCCAGUGACAGGGCUAAUGUUGUUGUUGUUGUUAAUCCCAGGUUCCAGUGACAGGGCUAAUGUUGUUGUUGUUUAUCCCAUGUUCCAGUGACAGGGCUAAUGUUGUUGUUGUUGUUUAUCCCAGGUUCCAGUGACAGGGCUAAUGUUGUUGUUGUUUAUCCCAGGUUCCAGUGACAGGGCUAAUGUUGUUGUUGUUUAUCCCAGGUUCCAGUGACAGGGCUAAUGUUGUUGUUGUUGUUUAUCCCAGGUUCCAGUGAUAGGGCUAAUGUUGUUGUUGUUGUUUAUCCCAGGUUCCAGUGACAGGGCUAAUGUUGUUGUUGUUGUUUAUCCCAUGUUCCAGUGACAGGGCUAAUGUUGUUGUUGUUGUUUAUCCCAGGUUCCAGUGACAGGGCUAAUGUUGUUGUUGUUUAUCCCAGGUUCCAGUGAUAGGGCUAAUGUUGUUGUUGUUGUUUAUCCCAGGUUCCAGUGACAGUGCUAAUGUUGUUGUUGUUGUUUAUCCCAAGUUCCAGUGAUAGGGCUAAUGUUGUUGUUGUUGUUUAUCCCAGGUUCCAGUGACAGGGCUAAUGUUGUUGUUGUUUAUCCCAGGUUCCAGUGACAAGGCUAAUGUUGUUGUUGUUUAUCCCAGGUUCCAGUGACAGGGCUAAUGUUGUUGUUGUUGUUUAUCCCAGGUUCCAGUGACAGGGCUAAUGUUGUUGUUGUUUAUCCCAGGUUCCAGUGACAUGGCUAAUAUUGUUGUUGUUUAUCCCAGGUUCCAGUGACAGGGCUAAUGUUGUUGUUGUUUAUCCCAGGUUCCAGUGACAGGGAUAAUGUUGUUGUUGUUUAUCCCAGGUUCCAGUGACAGGGCUAAUGUUGUUGUUGUUUAUCCCAGGUUCCAGUGACAGGGCUAAUGUUGUUGUUAUUGUUUAUCCCAGGUUCCAGUGACAGGGCUAAUGUUGUUGUUGUUGUUUAUCCCAGGUUCCAGUGACAGGGCUAAUGUUGUUGUUGUUUAUCCCAGGUUCCAGUGACAGGGCUAAUGUUGUUGUUGUUAAUCCCAGGUUCCAGUGACAGGGCUAAUGUUGUUGUUGUUGUUUAUCCCAGGUUCCAGUGACAGGGCUAAUGUUGUUGUUGUUUAUCCCAGGUUCCAGUGACAGGGCUAAUGUUGUUGUUGUUUAUCCCAGGUUCCAGUGACAGGGCUAAUGUUGUUGUUAUUGUUUAUCCCAGGUUCCAGUGACAGGGCUAAUGUUGUUGUUGUUGUUUAUCCCAGGUUCCAGUGACAGGGCUAAUGUUGUUGUUGUUUAUCCCAGGUUCCAGUGACAGGGCUAAUGUUGUUGUUGUUAAUCCCAGGUUCCAGUGACAGGGCUAAUGUUGUUGUUGUUGUUUAUCCCAGGUUCCAGUGACAGGGCUAAUGUUGUUGUUGUUUAUCCCAGGUUCCAGUGACAGGGCUAAUGUUGUUGUUGUUGUUUAUCCCAGGUUCCAGUGACAGGGCUAAUGUUGUUGUUGUUUAUCCCAGGUUCCAGUGACAUGGCUAAUAUUGUUGUUGUUUAUCCCAGGUUCCAGUGGCAGGGCUAAUGUUGUUGUUGUUUAUCCCAGGUUCCAGUGACAGGGCUAAUGUUGUUGUUGUUUAUCCCAGGUUCCAGUGACAGGGCUAAUGUUGUUGUUGUUUAUCCCAGGUUCCAGUGACAGGGCUAAUGUCGUUGUUGUUGUUUAUCCCAGGUUCCAGUGACAGGGCUAAUGUUGUUGUUGUUGUUUAUCCCAGGUUCCAGUGACAGGGCUAAUGUUGUUGUUGUUUAUCCCAGGUUCCAGUGACAGGGCUAAUGUUGUUGUUGUUGUUUAUCCCAGGUUCCAGUGACAGGGCUAAUGUUGUUGUUGUUGUUUAUCCCAGGUUCCAGUGACAAGGCUAAUGUUGUUGUUGUUUAUCCCAGGUUCCAGUGACAGGGCUAAUAUUGUUGUUGUUUAUCCCAGGUUCCAGUGACAGGGCUAAUGUUGUUGUUUAUCCCAGGUUCCAGUGACAGGGCUAAUGUUGUUGUUGUUGUUUAUCCCAGGUUCCAGUGAUAGGGCUAAUGUUGUUGUUGUUGUUUAUCCCAGGUUCCAGUGACAGGUUAAUGUUGUUGUUGUUGUUUAUCCCAGGUUCCAGUGACAGGGCUAAUGUUGUUGUUGUUUAUCCCAGGUUCCAGUGACAGGGCUAAUGUUGUUGUUGUUUAUCCCAGGUUCCAGUGACAGGGCUAAUGUUGUUGUUGUUGUUUAUCCCAGGUUCCAGUGACAGGGCUAAUGUUGUUGUUGUUGUUUAUCCCAGGUUCCAGUGAUAGGGCUAAUGUUGUUGUUGUUUAUCCCAGGUUCCAGUUACAGGGCUAAUGUUGUUGUUGUUGUUUAUCCCAGGUUCCAGUGACAGGGCUAAUGUUGUUGUUGUUGUUGUUUAUCCCAGGUUCCAGUGAUAGGGCUAAUAUUGUUGUUGUUGUUUAUCCCAGGUUCCAGUGACAAGGCUAAUGUGGAGAUCGUGAUUCUGAUCGGGACGGGUGUCAUCGCUGUGUUCUUCUGGGCUCUACUCAUCCUCAUCUUCUGCAACGUCAAACGGGUCAGAACACACACACACACACACACUGUGAAUUCCAUAUGCUUGUCUCUCUCUGUUCUAAGACAUCAUUGAUCUUGUCCAAUCAGAGUGACUGUGACACUGUGAACUCUGACCUGACCUCUCUAACGUCUCCCUCAGCUCUUUAGACACAUGGCGAAAGGAGGCAAGGUGCAAAUACCCCCAAAGUCAGCAACAGAGAUGUUUGGUUCAACAUGUAGAUCAAGCAGAGAUGUUUGUUACCUCUUUAGACAUGCUGAAAUGCUUACUUACAAGCCCUUAACCAGUUUAAAGAAAGAAUACAAAAAAAAUCACACAAAAAAUACAAUAGAAAAUCAUACGAAAUAAAAGUAUCAAAUAAUUAAAGAGCAGCAGUAAAAAUAACAAUAUGUUGAAUGGGUAGCAGUCUGGCAGUCUGGGGUCCAGACCCAUUCAACAUCAAACACCAUCAUCAUCAUCAGUAGCAGUCUGGGGUCCAGACCCAUUCAACAUCAAACACCAUCAUCAUCAUCAGUAGCAGUCUGGGGUCCAGACCCAUUCAACAUCAAACACCAUCAUCAUCAUCAGUAGCAGUCUGGGGUCCAGACCCAUUCAACAUCAAACACCAUCAUCAUCAUCAGUAGCAGUCUGGGGUCCAGACCCAUUCAACAUCAAACACCAUCAUCAUCAUCAGUAGCAGUCUGGGGUCCAGACCCAUUCAACAUCAAACACCAUCAUCAUCAUCAGUAGCAGUCUGGGGAAAAUGUCAGUGAAGACACUUGCCAGUUGGUCAGUGCAUGCUCUGAGUACACGUCCUGGUAAUCCAUCUGGCCCCACGGCCUUGUGAAUGUUGACCUGCUUAAAGGUCUUACUCACAUUGGCUACGGAGAGCGUGAUCACACUGUCGUCCGGAACAGCUGACGCUCUCAUGCAUGUUUCAGUGUUACUUGCCUCGAAGCGAGCAGAGAAGUAAUUUAGGUCGUCUGGUAGGCUCGCGUCACUGGGCAGCUCGCGGCUGUGCUUCCCUUUGUAGUCCGUAAUAGGUUACAAGCCCUGCCACAUCCGACGAGCGUCGGAGCCGGUGUAGUUCGAUUCAAUCUUAGUCCCGUAUUGACUCUUUGCCUGUUUGAUGGUCCGUCGGAGGGCAUAGCGGGAUUUCUUAUAAGCGUCCGGGUUAGAGUCCCGCUCCUUGAAAGCGGCAGCUCUAGCCUUUAGCUCAGUGCGGUUUGUACCAACCUUGCUGAAGUUAUAUGGACUCAUGUAUUUUAUCACCUCUCCUAGCUAACUGGGUGUUUGCUGAACAACUGUUCUAUCUAUCUAUCUAUCUAUCUAUCUAUCUAUCUAUCUAUCUAUCUAUCUAUCUAUCUAUCUAUCUAUCUAUCUAUCUAUCUAUCUAUCUAUCGCUCACUCUCUCUCUCUCUCUCUCUCUCUCUCUCUCUCUCUCUCUCUCUCCUCUCCAGGUGAACCCAGCAGACAUAAAGACAGGCUAUCUGUCCAUCAUAAUGGACCCAGGAGAGGUUCCUCUGGAUGAGCAGUGUGAAUAUCUCCCCUACGACUCCUCCCAGUGGGAGAUAUCUAUGGACAAACUACGACUCGGUAAGAAGAGGAGGGAGGGAGGGAGGGAGGGAGGGAUAGACUACCAGACUGCUACUGAUGAUGAUGAUGGUGUUUGAUACUGGUUCACUCUCUGCUCAGUUCUCUGUGACACACACAGUCCCGAAGGGUAGCAUCUGGCCCCCUCCAGACUGAUGGAAGAUAACCCUGUUGUUUGUCCCUGUGGCCAUUGGAAUUAGAAUCCUAUUACAUUCAAAUUUUUUCAUUUAUACAUUUACAUUUGACUUAUUAAAUGAGCAGAUGUUGCUGUCAAGAGGGACUUUAGGAUCAGUGAACCAGACAGGCAGCUAAAUCAAAAUGUCUUUGCAAUUACAAUUAGAAAGACAGCUGGGGUUUCUCUCGUAUGAGUCAUCUGAGGGUCGAUAGAGGCUCUCAAAGUACUCAAUCUCUCUACUCUCUCUCGUCUCGCUCUCUCUCUCGAGCUCUCUCAAUCUCUCUCUCCCUCUCUAUACUCUAUCUCUCUCUCUCCUCUCUCUCUCUCCCUCCCUCUCUCUCUCUCCCUCCCUCCCCUCUCCCUCCUCCCCCCCCCCCCCCCCCCCCCUCUCAGGGAGGGUGUUGGGUCAUGGUGCGUUUGGGAAGGUCAUCGAGGCCUCCAUCUUUGGCAUCAGCAAGAACAGCAGCCUGGACACUGUGGCGGUGAAGAUGCUGAAAGGUGUGUGUGUGUGCAUGUCUGCCUGCUUACGUGCACGUGUUUGUGUGUCAUGUUCCAUGUUCACUGUUGAUGUCCUCACUUGUUUAUCAAAACAGGAACAACUGUGUAAAGGUCCCCAAACAGAGGUAGAUAACUAAAUAAGUAAAUGUGUGUGUUAUGCGUGUGUGUUCUGACCUAGUCUCUCCCUGUCUCCUGUGUCCAGAGGGAGCGUGUGCCAGUGAGCACAAGGCUCUGAUGUCAGAGCUGAAGAUCCUGAUCCACAUUGGGAACCAUCUUAACGUGGUCAACCUCCUGGGGGCAUGCACCAAACCCAACGCCCCCCUCAUGGUGGUGGUGGAGUACUGCAAGUAUGGAAACCUGUCCAACUACCUGAGAACCAAGAGAGAGUUCUUCCUACCUUACAGGGUAAGACCUAACCCUGACCCCUAACCCCUAACCCCUAACCCCUAACCCUGACCCCUAAACCCUAACCCCUAACCCCUAACCUCUAACCCCUAACCUCUAACCCUAACCUCUAACCCCUAACCUCUAACCCUAACCUCUAAACCCUAACCCCUAACCUCACCAACUACCUGAGAGCCAAGAGAGUUCUUCCUACCUUACAGGGUAAGACCUAACCCUAACCUUUAACCCUAACCUCUGUCUGCAAUGCGUGUUUUAAAGGCAAUGUCCCGCGUUCACUGAGACCACAUUCAUGGUAAACGCUGCAUAUGUCGUCUAAAUCGGAAAAUUACCUUUAAAUGGUGCAAAGUGAAUGAUUAAAAUCCCUGUGUGUUCCUCAGGACCGCUCCCCGAAGACUCAGAGCCAGGUGAGACGCAUGAUAGAGGCGGGACAAGUGGAGCAGAGAGCCCGCCUCCCACCUUCCUCCUCCUCUAUUGGCAGCCCCCAGAGUCAGUCACCCAGCAAGUCCAAUCAGAAGAGCCACUCGCCUGCUGUGGAGAAUAGUGAGUAGUGUGAAUUGCUGUAUUGGCCAAAAUCCUGACUUCAGACUCACAUAAAAAAUGCAUUAAUGUCAAUGGGAUUUGGGGAUUUUAAGUGCUGAAAGUUCAGUCUUGACCUUUUGACUGAAGAGCUCCAUCUGAGCCUCAAGAAGGUAGAAUUAAGCCUCCCGAGUGGCGCAGCGGUCUGGCCUCCCGAGUGGCGCAGCGGUCUGGCCUCCCGAGUGGCGCAGCGGUCUGGCCUCCCGAGUGGCGCAGCGGUCUGGCCUCCCGAGUGGCGCAGCGGUCUGGCCUCCCGAGUGGCGCAGCGGUCUGGCCUCCCGAGUGGCGCAGCGGUCUAAGGCACUGCAUCGCAAUGCUUGAGGCGUCACUACAGACCCGGGUUCGAUCCCAGGCUGUGUCGUGACCGGGAGUCCCAUAGGGCGGCGCACAAUUGGCUCAGCGUCGUCCGGGCUUUACUUGGCUCAUCGCGCUCUAGCGACUCCUUGUGGCGGGCUGGGCACCUGCAGGCUGACUAAGUUCGUCAGUUGAACGGUGUUUCCUCCUUCCUUCCUCCAACGGCUGGCUUCCGGGUUAAGCGGGUGGGUGUUAAGAAGUGCGGUUUGGCGGGUCAUGUUUCGGAGGACGCAUGACUCGACCUUCGCCUCUCCCGAGCCCGUUGGGGAGUUGCAGCGAUGAGACAAGAUCACAAUUGGAUAUUACGAAAUUGGGGAGAAAAAGGGGGUACAAUACACCCCCAAAAAAGAAUUCUGAAUUAAAACAAGUUAUACCAGAGUUAAAUUCUCUCUCUCUCUCUCUCUCUCUCUCCCUCCCUCCCUCCCUCCCUCCCUCCAGUGGAGGACCUAUGGAAGACUCCACUCACUAUAGAAGAUCUGAUCUGCUAUAGUUUCCAGGUGGCCAGAGGAAUGGAGUUCCUGGCCUCACGAAAGGUAUCUCCCCAGCAACCACACACCCCAUCGCCCCAGAAGAUUUCGCCCUAAAAACUAAUCGCCCCAGAAACCACACACAGAUGAUAGAGAACAAGAUGUAUAAUAUAUAAUAAUACAUACCGGGCCAGUUUCCCAGAACCACAUUAACCACACAUGGUGUGGUAUAAGGCUCUGGACUAAAGUAGUGCACUACAGCAUAUUGAUCGCCCUAGAAACCCCAGAGAUUCUAGAGACCAAUCUGACAGGGGUGUGAGGAGGAGGAGGAUGAGGAGGAGGAGGAGGGCUUGUUUCCCAGACACAGAUUAAGCCUAAAAACAUGUUGCGGAGUGCGACUGAGAUGUCUUUCUUUUUAACAAGGACUGUAGGUACUGCCCAGGGGCUACUGAUCUCUCUCACUACCCCUUUUGCUAGCAUACUCUGGACUAAGGACCUGAGUUCUUGGUAAAAGCUUGGAGGUAUGGGGCGAUACCUUUCUCGAGACGGUGGCACUGUUCAAGUAGGGAUGUUGUGUCGAACUGCAUCGGUGUGCACAAAAUCCUUGUCAUGCUGGAAGAAAGAACUGCAUUGGUGUGCACAAAGAUCUGCAUUGGUGUGCACAAAGAUCUGCAUUGGUGUGCACAAAGAUCUGCAUUGGUGUGCACAAAGAUCUGCAUUGGUGUGCACAAAGAUCUGCAUUGGUGUGCACAAAGUCCUCGUCAUGCUGGAAGAAAACGCACUGCCAUUUAUGUAGCAGUUGGUCCACCUUCGUUUGUCGCUCUGGGUUGAGUCCUUCACAGUGUGGAACGUUUCCAGGAGCCUGUGGAACACAGCUUUCCCCUCCUUGGACGUUUCUUGCAACUUCGAGCACAUCCUCCGACAGUUCCUGCAAAACAACCUGUGGUGACCGUAAUUGUAGGUUAUCAACUUGACAUGCUUUUGCUAAGGGGCACCAUUGUGGUGUAAGGGUGGGGGUUGCAAACGCGUACUGGAAUCUGUCCAUUGUGCACCCAGGCUACAGCAUGUGCUACCUCCCACUCAGUCUCUGUAUCUAGGCUCUCCACCAGAGCACAGUAGUCCAUCUUACCAGGAGCCUCUGGAACAUGUUUCAGGUGGUAUCCAUACUGGCUGUUGUCGGGUGAGUCGGGCCGUUGCUGGGCCAGGAUUACAUAGGAAGUCCAGCACUACAUACCAACAUGAGGGAAUUGAAGUCCAUUAGCAGCUUUUAAGGCAAGCCCUUCUAAUCCUGCUGUGUUUCGUUAUGGACCUGGGGGGGGGGGGGGGGGGGGGGGGAUGCGACACAGGAAAACACACACACACACACACACACACACACACACACACACACACACACACACACACACACACACACACACUGCAAUCCAUUUACUGUCACACUGUCACUGACUGGUAGAAACAGAGGUAAAUAGAUAAGCAGCUUUGUUAUAAAGCAUUGUUCACGCUUGAUGGGAAAAAUAAAGAAGUCUCAGUCGCACUCCGCCACACUCUCCCACGCUGGAUGGGUUGCCGACAACCCGCUCCUCAUUACUCAAAUAGCAAAACAGAAAGAGUCUCAGUUGCACUCCGCGACACAUGCUCAACAGAGAACCCAUGAAUAGCCUAAAUCUGGGAUCCAGCCCACUGUGACUAGACUAGAGACUAAAAUGUCACAAUGUCACUCAAUCACAAUGAGAUGUAGACACAAACUCACACAUCUUUGCAGGUGUGUUGAAAAUAUUGAAAGAAAGGAAUCUUUGUGUUGUGAUAGUAACACUUCUUCUCUUCUUUGGCCUGUGUGCUCAGGCAGUAAGGAGCUCAGUAUGUUAGAGGGGUGACAGAUACACCCCUGUCUCAGGCAGUAAGGAGCUCAGUAUGUUAGAGCGGUGACUGAUACACCCCUGUCUCAGGCAGUAAGGAGCUCAGUAUGUUAGAGGAGUGACUGAUACACCCCUGUCUCAGGCAGUAAGGAGCUCAGUAUGUUAGAGGGGUGACUGAUACACCCCUGUCUCAGGCAGUAAGGAGCUCGGUAUGUUAGAGUAGUGACUGAUACACCCCUGUCUCAGGCAGUAAGGAGCUCAGUAUGUUAGAGGGGUGACUGAUACACCCCUGUCUCUGGCAGUAAGGAGCUCAGUAUGUUAGAGGGGUGACUGAUACACCCCUGUCUCUGGCAGUAAGGAGCUCAGUAUGUUAGAGGGGUGACUGAUACACCCCUGUCUCAGGCAGUAAGGAGCUCGGUAUGUUAGAGUAGUGACUGAUACACCCCUGUCUCAGGCAGUAAGGAGCUCAGUAUGUUAGAGGGGUGACUGAUACACCCCUGUCUCUGGCAGUAAGGAGCUCAGUAUGUUAGAGGGGUGACUGAUACACCCCUGUCUCUGGCAGUAAGGAGCUCAGUAUGUUAGAGGGGUGACUGAUACACCCCUGUCUCUGGCAGUAAGGAGCUCAGUAUGUUAGAGUAGUGACUGAUACACCCCUGUCUCUGGCAGUAAGGAGCUCAGUAUGUUAGAGGAGUGACUGAUACACCCCUGUCUCUGGCAGUAAGGAGCUCAGUAUGUUAGAGGAGUGACUGAUACACCCCUGUCUCUGGCAGUAAGGAGCUCAGUAUGUUAGAGGGGUGACUGAUACACCCCUGUCUCUGGCAGUAAGGAGCUCAGUAUGUUAGAGGGGUGACUGAUACACCCCUGUCUCAGGCAGUAAGGAGCUCAGUAUGUUAGAGGGGUGACUGAUACACCCCUGUCUCUGGCAGCAAGGAGCUCAGUAUGUUAGAGGGGUGACUGAUACACCCCUGUCUCAGGCAGUAAGGAGCUCAGUAUGUUAGAGGGGUGACUGAUACACCCCUGUCUCUGGCAGUAAGGAGCUCAGUAUGUUAGAGCGGUGACUGAUACACCCCUGUCUCUGGCAGUAAGGAGCUCAGUAUGUUAGAGGAGUGACUGAUACACCCCUGUCUCUGGCAGUAAGGAGCUCAGUAUGUUAGAGGAGUGACUGAUACACCCCUGUCUCAGGCAGUAAGGAGCUCAGUAUGUUAGAGGAGUGACUGAUACACCCCUGUCUCAGGCAGUAAGGAGCUCAGUAUGUUAGAGGGGUGACUGAUACACCCCUGUCUCUGGCAGUAAGGAGCUCAGUAUGUUAGAGGGGUGACUGAUACACCCCUGUCUCUGGCAGUAAGGAGCUCAGUAUGUUAGAGGGGUGACUGAUACACCCCUGUUCCGGCAGUAAGGAGCUCAGUAUGUUAGAGUAGUGACUGAUACACCCCUGUCUCAGGCAGUAAGGAGCUCAGUAUGUUAGAGGGGUGACUGAUACACCCCUGUCUCUGGCAGUAAGGAGCUCAGUAUGUUAGAGGGGUGACUGAUACACCCCUGUCUCAGGCAGAAGGAGCUCAGUAUGUUAAGGGGUGACUGAUACACCCCUGUCUCUGGCAGUAAGGAGCUCAGUAUGUUAGAGAGUGACUUACCCCUGCCUCUGGACAGUAGGGCCUCAGAUGUUGAGGUGUGACUGAUACACCCUGUCUCAGGCAGUAAAGGAGUCAGUAUGUUAGAGGAGUGACUGAAUACACCCUGUCUCAGGCAGUAAGGAGCUCAGUAUGUUAGAGGGGUGACUGAUACACCCCUGUCUCUGGCAGUAAGGAGCUCAGUAUGUUAGAGGGGUGACUGAUACACCCCUGUCUCUGGCAGUAAGGAGCUCAGUAUGUUAGAGGGGUGACUGAUACACCCCUGUCUCUGGCAGUAAGGAGCUCAGUAUGUUAGAGGGGUGACUGAUACACCCCUGUCUCUGGCAGUAAGGAGCUCAGUAUGUUAGAGGGGUUGACUGAUACACCCCUGUCUCUGGCAGCAAGGAGCUCAGUAUGUUAGAGGAGUGACUGAUACACCCCUGUCUCUGGCAGCAAGGAGCUCAGUAUGUUAGAGGGGUGACUGAUACACCCCUGUCUCUGGCAGUAAGGAGCUCAGUAUCAUCCUCAAUGAUGCCUUUGACCUCUUGACCCUUCUGUGACCCCUCAGUGACCCCUCUGUGAUGUUGUCAUCUCCUCUGUAGGAGCUCAACAGAGACUUGGCAGCCCGGAACAUUAACCUGACACACACGCACUCACAGGCAGAAACACACACACACAGAAAAACACACACGCACCUAUCCAAAGAGCUUUGAUGUAUCUCUACCUAUGCAAGCUAUCCACAGAAACUUGGUGAACCAUAUCAUAUCAGCAAUCAGAGACUUGGUGAACCAUAUCAUAUCAGCAAUCAGAGACUUGGUGAACCAUAUCAUAUCAGCAAUCAGAGACUUGGUGAACCAUAUCAUAUCAGCAAUCAGAGACUUGGUGAACCACAUCAUAUCAUCAAUCAGAGACUUGGUAAACCAUAUCAUAUCAGCAAUCAGAGACUUGGUGAACCAUAUAUCAGCAAUCAGAGACUUGGUGAACCAUAUCAUAUCAGCAAUCAGAGACUUGGUGAACCAUAUCAUAUCAACAAUCAGAGACUUGGUGAACCACAUCAUAUCAGCAAUCAGAGACUUGGUGAACCAUAUCAUAUCAGCAAUCAGAGACUUGGUGAACCAUAUCAUAUCAGCAAUCAGAGACUUGGUGAACCAUAUCAUAUCAGCAAUCAGAGACUUGGUGAACCAUAUCAUAUCAGCAAUCAGAGACUUGGUGAACCACAUCAUAUCAGCAAUCAGAGACUUGGUGAACCAUAUCAUAUCAGCAAUCAGAGACUUGGUGAACCAUAUCAUAUCAGCAAUCCCUCAAGGUCAAGACUGAUCUCACACACACACACACACACAUACACACAUUUGAAAGAGUGUGUGUGUUUGUCUGCAGUGUUUUAAGGUUGUGUGUGUGUGUGUGUGUGUGUGUGUGUGUGUGUGUGUGUGUGUGUGUGUGUGUGUGUGUGUGUGUGUGUUUCUGCAGUGUAUCCACAGGGACCUGGCAGCGAGGAACAUUCUACUGUCAGAGAACAAUGUGGUGAAGAUCUGUGACUUCGGCCUGGCUAGAGACAUCUACAAAGACCCCGACUACGUCAGGAAAGGCAACGUAAGACACACACACACACACACACCUUGGGGAAAAACUUGGGGUAGCUAUAUCAGGGCCUCUGUUACCGGAGGAGCUUUAGAAAUGGACAUUUCCAGGAGUUGUGAUUGUCUAGGUUGUCUAGGGAUCAGCCAGUACACUCUUUAAAAAAAAAGGUGCUAUCUAGAACCUAAAAGGGUUCUUUGGAUGUCCCCAUAAGAGAACCCUUUGAAGAAACAUUUUUGGAUCCAGGUAGAAAGAACCCUUUUGAGUUCCAUGUAGAACCCUUUCCACAGAGGGUUCUAGACAGAACACAAAAGGGUUCUUCCUGGAACCAAAAAGAGUUCUAACUGGAACCAAAAAGGGUUCUACUGUGGGGACAGCUGAAGAAUCCUUCUGGAACCCUUUUUUGUAAGAGCGUAUGGCUGAUUCUAUUCUACCAACCCUUCUCUUUCUCUCUCUCUCUCCUCUCUCCCUCCUCUCUCCCUCUCUCCUCUCUCUCUCCCUUUCUCUCCUCUCUCUCUCCUCUCUCCCCCUCUCUCCCUCCCUCUCUAUCUCUCUCUCUCUCUCUCUCUCUCUCUGCAGGCCCGUCUGCCACUGAAGUGGAUGGCUCCAGAGAGUAUCUUUGACAAGGUCUACACCAGCCAGUCUGACGUCUGGUCCUUUGGUGUUCUACUCUGGGAGAUCUUCUCUCUGGGUGAGACAUUUAGGUCUUUUAGCAGACUUACAGUCUCCCAGUGAGAAACACUGUUCUUCCCUAGGUGUAUGAUAGUUAGCCAGCCAGCCAUCCACCCUGACAGACAGACAGACCUUCUCUCUGAUAACACCAGUGUUCCUCUCCUCAGGUGCGUCUCCGUACCCAGGUGUACAGAUCGAUGAGGACUUCUGUAAACGUCUGAAAGACGGAACCAGGAUGAGAGCUCCAGAAACAGCUUCCCCUGAGAUGUGAGUCACCACAGAUCCUAUAAUAAUUCACAAGAUAUAUGUAGUUCUAUGUGAGUCACCACAGAUCCUAUAAUAAUUCACAAGAUAUAUGUAGUUCUAUGUGAGUCACCACAGAUCCUAUAAUAAUUCACAAGAUAUAUGUAGUUCUAUGUGAGUCACUUACUCCUUACUUACCUUACAUACAUUUCAUGCAAACCCAAGCACACAACAUAAUUAGUAAUGUAAGGUGCUGUGUGCUCUGUGUCCUGUAGUGGAUAUAACUACCAGUGGCCGUGUGGAGUGCACUCUAACACUCUUUAACCCUACUGUGUGUCUCUGUUGCCCCCUGCUGGUAGUUAUGGGAUCCUGCUGGCCUGUAGGAUAUCUCUGCUGGUAGUUAUGGGAUCCUGCUGGCCUGUAGGAUAUCUCUGCUGGUAGUUAUGGGAUCCUGCUGGCCUGUAGGAUAUCUCUGCUGGUAGUUAUGGGAUCCUGCUGGCCUGUAGGAUAUCUCUGCUGGUAGUUAUGGGAUCCUGCUGGCCUGUGGGAUAUCUCUGCUGGUAGUUAUGGGAUCCUGCUGGCCUGUAGGAUAUCUCUGCUGGUAGUUAUGGGAUCCUGCUGGCCUGUAGGAUAUCUCUGCUGGUAGUUAUAGGAUCCUGCUGGCCUGUAGGACAUCUCUGCUGGUAGUUAUGGGAUCCUGCUGGCCUGUAGGACAUCUCUGCUGGUAGUUAUGGGAUCCUGCUGGCCUGUAGGAUAUCUCUGCUGGUAGUUAUGGGAUCCUGCUGGCCUGUAGGACAUCUAUGCUGGUAGUUAUGGGAUCCUGCUGGCCUGUAGGAUAUCUCUGCUGGUAGUUAUGGGAUCCUGCUGGCCUGUAGGAUAUCUCUGCUGGUAGUUAUGGGAUCCUGCUGGCCUGUAGGAUAUCUCUGCUGGUAGUUAUGGGAUCCUGCUGGCCUGUAGGAUAUCUCUGCUGGUAGUUAUGGGAUCCUGCUGGCCUGUAGGAUAUCUCUGCUGGUAGUUAUGGGAUCCUGCUGGCCUGUAGGAUAUCUCUGCUGGUAGUUAUGGGAUCCUGCUGGCCCGUAGGACAUCUCUGCUGGUAGUUAUGGGAUCCUGCUGGCCUGUAGGAUAUCUCUUCUGGUAGUUAUGGGAUCCUGCUGGCCUGUAGGAUAUCUCUGCUUGUAGUUAUGGAUCUGCUGCCUGUGGAAUCUCUUGGGUCUGGCCUGUAGGAUAUCUCUGCUGGUAGUUAUGGGAUCCUGCUGGCCUGUAGGAUAUCUCUGCUGGUAGUUAUGGGAUCCUGCUGGCCUGUAGGAUAUCUCUGCUGGUAGUUAUGGGAUCCUGCUGGCCUGUGGGAUAUAUCUGCUGGUAGUUAUGGGAUCCUGCUGGCCUGUAGGAUAUCUCUGCUGGUAGUUAUGGGAUCCUGCUGGCCUGUAGGAUAUCUCUGCUGGUAGUUAUGGGAUUCUGCUGGCCUGUAGGAUAUCUCUGCUGGUAGUUAUGGGAUCCUGCUGGCCUGUAGGAUAUCUCUGCUGGUAGUUAUGGGAUCCUGCUGGCCUGUAGGAUAUCUCUGCUGGUAGUUAUGGGAUCCUGAUGGCCUGUGGGAUAUCUCUGCUGGUAGUUAUGGGAUCCUGCUGGCCUUUGGGAUUUCUCUGCUGGUAGUUAUGGGAUCCUGAUGGCCUGUAGGAUAUCUCUGCUGGUAGUUAUGGGAUCCUGCUGGCCUGUAGGACAUGUCUUUGCUGUAACAUGUUGCUGUGUGUCUGUCUGUCUCUCUUAAUAGCUAUGGUAUAAUGCUGGCCUGCUGGCAGGGCGAGCCCCGGGAGAGACCUACCUUCCAAGCCCUGGUAGAUAUCCUGGGAGACCUACUACAGGACAGCAGCCUUCCAGUAAGACACUGAGAGCGUUUAACCUAUCCAGUCCUGUUCCAUCUGUCAACCUAUCCAGUCAUGUUCCAUUUGUCAACCUAUCCAGUCCUAUUCCAUCUGUCAACCUAUCAAGUCCUGUUCCAUCUGUCAACCUAUCCAGUCCUGUUCCAUCUGUCAACCUAUCCAGUCAUGUUCCAUCUGUCAACCUAUCCAGUCCUGUUCCAUCUGUCAACCUAUCCAGUCCUGUUCCAUCUGUCAACCUAUCCAGUCCUGUUCCAUCUGUCAACCUAUCCAGUCAUGUUCCAUCUGUCAACCUAUCCAGUCCUGUUCCAUCUGUCAACCUAUCCAGUCAUGUUCCAUCUGUCAACCUAUCCAGUCAUGUUCCAUCUGUCAACCUAUCCAGUCCUGUUCCAUCUGUCAACCUAUCCAGUCCUGUUCCAUCUGUCAACCUAUCCAGUCCUGUUCCAUCUGUCAACCUAUCCAGUCAUGUUCCAUCUGUCAACACUGAAGUCAUAGCGGCCAUUUCUGGAAGAAUGGGGGAUACUGACAGAAAUGGAACCAGGCCCAUUUCUGGAAGAGUGGGGGAUACUGACAGAAAUGGAACCAGGCCCGUGUGUUGUUUAAAAUGGAUUAUAAACCGGGGAGUUUGAGUCCUGGAUGCUGAUUGACUGAAAGCCAUGGUAUAUCAGACAUUAUAUACUGGGUGGUUCGAGCCCUGAAUGCUGAUUGGCUGACAGCCGUGGUACAUCAGACGUAUACCACGGGUAUGACAAAACAUUUAUUUUUACUGCUCUAAUUACAUUGGUAACCAGUUUAUAAUAGCAAUAAGGCACCUGGGGGGUUUGUGGUGUAUGGCCAAUCAGUGGUGGAAAAAGGACUCAAUUGUCAUACUUGAGUAAAAGUAAAGAUACUUUAAUAGAAAAUGACUAAAGUAAAAGUGAAUGUCACCCAGUAAAAUACUACUUGAGUAAAAGUCUAAAAGUAUUUUGUUUUAAAUAUACUUAAGUAUCAAAAGCAAAUGGAAUUGCUAAAAUAUACUUAAGUAUCAAAAGUUAAAGUAAAAGUAUAAAUCAUUUCAAAUUCCUUAUAUAAAGCAAACCAGACGGCACCAUGUACAUUUUUUUUUUAAAUUCACGGAUAGCCAGGGGCACACUCCAACAUAACGGACAAAGGAUUUGUGUUUACUGAGUCCGCCAGAUCAGAGGCAGUAGGGGAUGACCAGGGAUGUUCUCUUGAUAAGUGUGUGAAUUGGACCAUUCCUGCUAAGCAUUCAAAAUGUAACGAGUACUUUUGGGUGUCAGGGAAAAUAUAUGGAGUAAAAAGUACAUUAUUUUCUUUAGGAAUGUAGUGAAGUAAAAGUUAGCAAAAAUAUAAACAGUAAAGUACAGAUACCCCAAAAAAACGACUUAAGUUACUUUAAAGUGUUUUUACUUAAGGACUUUACACCACUGUGGCCAAUAUACCACGGCUAAGGGCUGUUCUUAGGCCAGAGGGGGUGUGGUAUAGGGCCAAUAUACCACGGCUAAGGGCUGUUCUUAGGCCAGAGGGGGUGAGGUAUAUGGCCAAUAUACCACGGCUAAGGGCUGUUCUUAGGCCAGAGGGGGUGUGGUAUAUGGCCAAUAUACCACGGCUAAGGGCUGUUCUUAGGCCAGAGGGGGUGAGGUAUAUGGCCAAUAUACCACGGCUAAGGGCUGUUCUUAGGCCAGAGGGGGUGAGGUAUAUGGCCAAUAUACCAUGGCUAAGGGCUGUUCUUAGGCCAGAGGGGGUGAGGUAUAUGGCCAAUAUACCACGGCUAAGGGCUGUUCUUAGGCCAGAGGGGGUGAGGUAUAUGGCCAAUAUACCACGGCUAAGGGCUGUUCUUAGGCCAGAGGGAGUGAGGUAUAUGGCCAAUAUACCACGGCUAAGGGCUGUUCUUAGGCCAGAGGGAGUGAGGUAUAUGGCCAAUAUACCACGGCUAAGGGCUGUUCUUAGGCCAGAGGGGGGGAGGUAUAUGGCCAUAUACCACGGCUAAGGGCUGUUCUUAGGCCAGAGGGGGUGAGGUAUAUGGCCAAUAUACCACGGCUAAGGGCUGUGUCCAGGCAUUCCGCGAUGCGUCGUACCUAAGAACAGCCCUUAGCCGUGGUAUAUUGGCCAUAUACCUCACCCCCUCGGGCCUUAUUGCUUAAACAAGAUAUGUGUGUUACAUGUCUGUAUCGCACGUUCUGUAGGAUGGUAAUAAACUAACAUAUAUUAUUUUCUGUAGGAUGGGAAGGACUAACAUUAGUAUUUUUCUGUAGGAUGGUAAGGACUAACAUAUAGUAUUUUCUGUAGGAUGGUAAGGACUAACAUAUAGUAUUUUCUGUAGGAUGGUAAGAACUAACAUAUAUUAUUUCGUAGGAUGGUAAGGACUAACAUAUAGUAUUUUUGUAUGAUGGUCAACUAAAAAUAUCUUAUUUUCUGUAGAGGUAAGAACUAACAUAUAUUAUUUUCUGUAGGAUGGUAAGGACUAAACUAUAUUAUUUUCUGUAGGAUGGUAAGGACUAACUGAUAUUAUUUCUGUAGGAUGGUAAGGAAUAACAUAUAUUAUUUUCUGUAGGAGGUAAGAACUAAAUAUAUUAUUUUCUGUAGAUGGUAGAAACUAAAAAUAUAUUAUUUUCUGUAUGAUGGUAAGAACUAACAUAUAUUAUUUUUUUGUAGGAUGGUAAGAACUAACAUAUAUUAUUUUUUGUAGGAUGGUAAGGACCAAAAAUUUAAUUUUCUGAGGAUGGUAAGGAUAAAAAAUUAUUUUCUGUUGAGGUAAACAAACAUAUAUUAUUUCUGUAGGUGAAGGACAACAAAAUUUUUUUUCUGUGGAGGGUUUUAAAAACAACAAAAUUUUUUUUCUUGGAUGUAAGGAAAACAUAUAUUAUUUUCUGUAGAUGUAAGGGGACUAAAUAUAUUUUUUCUGUAGGAUGGAAGGACUAACGUAUUUUUUUUCUGUAGGGGGAAGGGACAAAAAUUUUAUUUUCGUGGAGGGGAAAGGGCUAACGUUUUAUUUUCGAGGGGAAAACAAACCAUUAUUUUCUGGGAGGAAAGGGGACAAAAAUUAUUUUUUUUCUGUAGGAUGGUAGGACUAAAUAUUUUUUUUCUGAGGAUGGUAAGGACUAACUAUAUAUUUUCUUAGGAUGGUAAGGACUAACAUAUAUUUUUUCUGUAGGAGGUAGAUAACAGGCUAUUUAUUUCAGAUUGUUACAUGUCUGUAUCGCAUUCUGUAGGAUGGUAAAACUAACAUAUAUUAUUUCUGUAGGAUGGUAAGGACUAACAUAUAGUAUUUUCUGUAGGAUGGUAAGGACUAACAUAUAUAUUUUCUGUAGGAUGGUAAGGACUAACAUAUAGUAUUUCUGUAGGAUGGUAAGACUAACAUAUAUUAUUUUCUGUAGGAUGGUAAGGACUAACAAUAGUAUUUUCUGAGAUUGGUAAGAACUAACAUAUAUUAUUUUCUGUAGGAUGGUAAGAACUAACAUAUAUUAUUUUCUGUAGGAUGGUAAGGACUAACAU